AUGAAGUCCAAGGUCGCGCCGGAGGACUCGCUGGAGCCAACAUGCCAUUUCGAGCUGUUCGAUUGUUUCUUUACGAGAAACGAUGAGAAAGAAUUGGAGAAGCAGCCACUUCCCUCUGGCGUGGAGCGAGAAAUGCGCAUCAUGUACCAACAACCUCACCUGGUUCCACCCAUGAAGCUCACCUUGUUUGACGGACUGCCUCCAACUCCUACACCACCGCUCCCUUCACAGUUAUCGCAAUGGGUUUCUCAUGGCAAAGCUUCCCUCAGAUCGAGCCUGUCAUUGCGAAGACAGGCUGCGAAACCCAUCAUCUCUGGUCCUCAGCCACCACUGCCUGUGGCACAGCAGCUUCCGUUCCGACGGGCGGCUCACGAGUUUCGUCCACUGGAGCUCAGCAUCUACAUGCCCAACAAUCGACUAUCAGACCUUCCAGCUUUCGAUAGGCUCAGUUUCACCGACGGCGGCGAUAUCAAAGCUCCUCCUCGAGCAUUGGUGCGGACAAAGUCAGAAGAGUUCCUCCCACACAAGGUUUCUCUACUGCCUACUCCUGCGAAACCUGCCUCGAUGAUUGAACAACGCCGCCUGUCUCAUAUACGACCCGAUACCUCGUCGACUGUCAUAUCGAUGUCGCGGCCCCCUUCGGAGUACGACGCUCUCCACUCCCACCCCGUGUCGUGGUCAUCUUUCCCCGGUCUACCUCCACAAAUCCACUUUCCUGGUGUUCGCUCCGAAGCAUCUGUGGCCAUCCUGACGCCCAUGCAAGAGGAGUUUAGCCCUCCUGCGACCUCGGUCGCCAUCGGUGAUACUGUGCUCGACUUUCCGCGAGACCUCGAAGCUCCAGCAGCGCAAGAUGACCGCAUUCCCCCCGAAGCGCCCGCACCUCCUCCGAUUGUACCUUCAGCACCCGCCAGAAACUUCUCCAAACCAACCGACAUGAACUCGCCUUCGGGUUACUUCCAUCCCAAUUAUCAGACACAGAAACGUAUCUCUCAGUGGCUCGCACACCGCAGUCAUUCUUCCUCAAUCAGUACCACUAAGUCAUCUUCGACGUCGUCAUCAUUCGCGGAGCAUCGCCGCAAGCGGACUCAGUUCUAUCAACUCUCUGCGCCAGCAGCAGCACCACCCAAACCAUUGAGCCUGUGGCCACGCCAGCAUCACAGGACAAUGACUGAGUCCACUGUCGCCAGCACCAUUGACACUGACAUUCUUUCCUAUGGUGACCAAAGUCAGACAGACGCAACGAGUGUCACCACCAUGACAGCCGGGGAAUGGCAAGGUCGAAGUGGCCCGGUAAGGAGUGUCUCCAAGGGAGGCGGGACAUUAAGACCCAUUGUCAGUGGUGUCCCUGAUGUGCCGCCAUGCUAUGCCGAGCUCAUCAAGGAUGCCGACGAGAUCAUCAUCAAAGAAAUUGGCGGGCCCCUGCGAAGUCCAGGUGUGGGGGUUGCUUUCUGA